UGGCGGUUGAUCAAGUCUUCCUAUCAUCUGGCAUGGAAACAUAUAAACUUCCGAAUAUGGUUCAACCCCCCAAGCGUGGUAUGAUUGUACUGAACGGCAAGUGCUACCAUAACGAAGAUAGUGGACCCCUACUUAUAUUGUCGACUCAGCCUUGCGCGAAAUGUCAGUUCAAGUCUUCAGUAUUAGACCUGCCAGUACUCGACAUAUCCUCACAAACGCCGGUUGAGAUUCAAACCGACCAAGGGGAGUUACAUGCAUUGAAGGACACAGCCCUUGCUCGUUCUGAAGAGGUGCAUGCGCCAUUUGAUUUGACAGAGUCUGAGGCCAGGACUGCUGAGAAUUUUUCUGCAAGUAACAACUCGACUGAAUCUAUCGAUUCUCUUCAUUUAUCAGGAGAAGACUUGGGGGAUGUUGGAGGCAAAGGGGG